GUCAUGACAACACAGCACUCGCGUUAGAAUCGUUCUUACCCCCGGAAAGCGAAGCGGUCGCGGUAAAGCAGACCCUUUUGUGGAUAAACAGUACAAAGAGGGAAAUAAGAUAAACUCAAAGCUGAAGCUUAUCGACGCGGACGAAAAUCUCGCUAAGUGAAGUGGGUUUUUAAGUGGACUAGAAUUUUUAUGUUUUCAAUACUGUGUGGAGACAAAAUUUUACGGUAAUGGACAGUCGAGGUGCAGUGGGAUGAAUGUGUGCCGAUGAAGUGUUUGUUUACAAAACAUGAUCUCGUGUGGAUAGCCCGCUUGGGAGAAACAGAAACGAGCGACUUUUGUGUUAAGUGCCUUCGUCUAAUUUAUGAUAAACACUUGGAGAUAAUAGCUGCAGCUGAAGAGAAUAAUAAAUGUUUGUAAAAAGUAGUUGAAACAUAACGAAAAAAAUCGUAGUGUUGGAAAUUCGAAGCGAAACAACAGAAGCAUUAUGUUCAAAGUGAUGUUGAUAGCGGCGCUGGUGGCUUUGGUGCCCGCGAUUGGGGCCAUCUCGUACUGCCCCAACAGUUGCACCUGUGACGACGACAAGCUGCAUGUUACCUGUGGCGAGGGAGAGCUGGAUGUGCUUCCGAUUGCGUUGAACCCAUCGAUUCGUCGGCUGGUCAUCAAGUUUCACCGGAUCCGAUCGAUCGAUUCGUCGAUUCAGUUCUACACCGAGCUGACCAUGUUGGACCUCAGCUAUAACCACCUGUUGAACAUUCCCGAGCAGAUUUUUAUGUACCAGAAAAAGUUGCUCCAGUUGCAUUUGAACAAUAACAAGAUUGGAGUGUUGAGUAACAAAACUUUCGCCGGUAUGACCGAGUUGCGUGUUUUGAAUCUCCGAGGGAACUUUAUUGAUCAGAUCACGGGUGAAAUGUUUAAGGCGCUUCCAAUGCUGGAGGAGCUGAAUCUGGGGGGCAAUCGGAUCGGUCAGUUGGACCCGAAAGCGUUUGAUGGUCUCACCGAGUUGCGGAUUCUCUAUUUGGAUGAUAAUGCUAUCAAAACCAUUCCCACGCUUUCGUUGACCCCGCUGAAAACCCUUGCCGAGCUGUACAUGGGAACCAAUUCGUUGCAUAAAAUUCAGCCAGGAGCAUUCGAAGGAUUACAAUCGUUGCGUAGGUUGGACAUCCACGGUUCCAUGCUGGUAAACAUAUCGGUGGACACAUUCCGCGGAUUGGAAAGCAUUCACUCGUUGGAUCUGUCCGAUAACCAUUUGCUCAAGGUGCCAACCGUUCAGCUGAGCACCCUCAAACGGCUGGAGGAGCUCACGAUCGGUCAGAACGAUUUCGAGUCCAUUCCCGAGGGCGCAUUUUUUGGCCUGUCCAAUCUCAAAAGUGUCGACAUCUCCGGAGCGCUUAAUUUGAAGCGCAUCCAGGCGGGGGCUUUUUCCGCCAAUCCUAAUCUGGAAACACUUGUAAUUGCCUCGAACAAGGAACUCGCUGAAAUCGAGGAGGGCGCCUUCUCGGGUCUGCCACAUAUCAAGAACGCGAAUCUACGGGACAACAAGAUCGGCACCUUCCGGGAAGAGUUGCUCCCGUGGAAGCAUUUGAACAGUUUUGAUCUGUCGGAAAAUCCGCUGGCGUGUGACUGUCAGAUGUUGUGGCUCCGAAAUCUGAUCCAUCGGAGGAACAUCGAGACCGAAGAAGCCCAGUUUUUGUGCGUCUAUCCCGAGCGGUUGCAUGGUGAACCUCUGCGCGAUGUUUCCGCUGAAAUGUUGGGCUGUCAGCAUCUCCAGUCGAAGGAACGGGCGAUCUUUGGCGCUAUCAUCGUUGCAUCCGCCGCCACCGUUACAACCUUCGUGCUAAUCGUGUACCGAUUGCGUCACCGAAUUCUGGAUACGAUACGACGCCACUGGCGCACAAGCAAGCGGGACACCCUACAGGAGGAGAAAGACAUGGAGAUUCAAAAAUCGCUGGGUGACGGCGGCGAGUAUCAUCAGCCCCACUGCAACAUCUACACGUACAAUUACCACCCGGUGUUCAGGAACCAUCAGCAUCCGUCGUCGAUGUACGCCGGUCAGUACACGCUGUCGUUCCCCCAUUACCAGUCGAACCACCAGGUAAAUCAACACCAUCAACAGCAGCAGCCGCUGCCCCAAACGCCGUCAUCGACGCUGAGCCAUCCAACGUCCAGCAGCUCGUUGGGGACCGGGCCGGCGAGUUCGACCGUUAUCUACUCGCCCCAAUACGCGCACCACAUAUACGAAGUUCCGAAGAACGUUUCGGACACCUAGACAGGUAGAGAAUCGGGUAUCACUAGUUUGUAGGUCACACAUUUCAUGUUCAUGGGAUUUUUUAUUGAAAAAAGAACGACAUACACACACGCACAUCCUUAAUUGUUAUUCUAGUGUAGGCUAAGCAAGAUGUAUAAAUUAUUACAAAACUGAUUAAUAUAUAAAAACAAACACAAACCGCGCGGGCGAGAAUGGGAGUGAACGGGGUUUGAGUGAUUCGGAUUUUGGAGUGAAGUAAUGGAAACCAUAUCGAGACAUUUUUUUUCUGCUGGUAGUAUUCCAUCACCUUACAUGUAAAAGUUGUAUAAAAUAAUUCUAGUCAAUUUUGAUGAGAUCUGAAUGGAUAUAAAGACUGUGUUCUUCGGGAUGGGCCGAGCGCGUGGCUCGGACGGCACGCGAGGACAAUUCUUGAUAAUGGACUUUCUUGUUUUUCGGUGGUCUGAUAGUUAUAGGAGUAAUGUGAGAGCAGGAGAGUUUUUUAAUUACAUUUUAAGUGGAACGAAAAUGAAACAGAGACAGUGAAGAGAAACACGUGGAGGAGAGCGAAGGGAAAAAAGUCGUUUUAGGGUUCUUUUCUUUCAUUCUUGUUGUGUAUAUAUAAAUAUGCAUUUUUAAUGUACAUAAGUCAUGACGAUAGCUGGGCAAAGUAUCUGCCCAGGAGACACAAAUUCAGCAAAAAAAAAAAACAACGGCAGAAAUCAGCGAAAAAACCGAACAACAUGGAAGCACAUACACACACUCCCAGAGAAAGUAAAAACAAAACAAAAACGCUAGUUAUGUAUUUUUAUUACACUUUUUAUAAGAAAUCUGCGAGACAGAGCGAAACAGAAAAAAAAUGAAACAGGACCGUGGAAAGAGAUAGUAAAGAUUCAACGAAAUAAACAACAAAAAAGACAUUGAGAUACGAACAAAUGUUACAAAAGAAAA